AUGUUCGCCGUUAGAACAGCUUGUCGACAGGCCUGGAGUCCCCGUAGAUGGAUCCAGCUCCGCAGUGUCUCUACAUUGGGUGGAAACUCUCAUAUCUAUGUAUUCCCAAGUGAGGGAGCAGCUGGGUCUCAUAUUCUGUCCCUUCUGCCAACUGAGCCCGUCAAUAAAAAAUUAGCAAUUGGAACUACAACAAAGUUACCACCAACAACAGACUCGCUCCGUGAGAAUCCAAAAUUCUUGGAGAUCCUCCAAGAGGUCUUUUCCAAGUACGCGCACGAAGACCCAGAAGCACAGUCUCAGGCACAGGUCAUGGUAUCCACAGCCGGAGCAAAUUUGUAUUCUGGCGGUGUCCUCAUGAGUCACAAUCGACGCAAAAAUAAACGCCGCGCCGAUACGGGUGACUCUAGUGGCGGGGCCAGUGGCCAGGGUGGUGUUGGCUCUGCUGGCCGAGGUGGUUGGAUUCAUAUCUCAGACAGCCGACGUCCUCCUGAUUAUGGCCGAAUUGCUUGGCCAGAGGACAUCUUCGGAAGCCUUGAAGUGGAUUCGGAUGGUCACUUCGUCGGAGGUGAUGGAAAUUAUCAAUCCAGUGGUACUUACAGAACUGUGACCCGUGAUGGAAUUCUCGGAUUGAGUCCCUUCCUGAGGGCGAAACUGGUUCAAAGAUUGAAAGAGCUUGACCAGCAAUAA